AUGAUUGCUCAGAUAUAUGUGGAUGAUAUAGUGUUUGGUGGGAUGUCAGAUAUGAUGGUUAAACACUUUGUCAAUCAGAUGCAAACUGAGUUUGAAAUGAGUAUGGUUAGAGAACUGACAUAUUUUCUCGGGCUACAAAUUAAACAAAUGGAAGACUCUAUCUUCCUCUCUCAAAGAAAAUAUUCCAAGAAUAUUGUAAAAAAGUUUGGAAUGGAUAAUGCUAGUCACAAAAGAACACCUGCUCCUACUCAUUUAAAGUUAUCAAAAGAUGAAAGUGGCACCUGUGUUGACCAGAGUUUGUACAGAAGCGUGAUUGGAAGUCUGCUAUAUCUAACAGCCAGUAGACCAAAUGUUGCCUUUGCAGUUGGAGUGUGUGCUAGAUAUCAAGCAUAA